UUCUGUUUAUAUUUCAGACCUUCAGAUCGAAGGGUUGAAGUAUAACUUAGGCUCAAUUACGUUUGAUACUGUUCAUGUUGUCGUUCGAACUUCUUUCAACUUCUUUCUUCUACUUUCCCUGAACACGCACAGCGCAGUAGGCGUCUUUGAUUUGUGACCCAGGCAAGAGUCUGGGGUCUGGGGACGAGUGGCUAAGAUUCCUGUUUCGGUUUGUGUGCAGUCUUAUUUUAACAAUUACGCACCAUCAUGGACCUUCUUAAUCUCUCAUUUUAAUCACAGAUAGUCACGUUACUUAAAGAGCGUCACUGUUGAUGUGAACUUAACAUAUUUUCGAGACAUGGCGGCUGCAAGUUCUUCGUCCUGUGAACGGCAACCUGUACAGACAGCAGUAGAUGAAGACAAGGUAGUUUACAUUCAGGAUGGUGUGUUUGUUCACACUGCUGUGUCCAUCGCCACACAAAGUGCAAACAUCAUCCCUGGAAGAGUCACGAUUAUCGAAAAGCAAAAUGGCAGUUUUGUGGAUUGGUCGCCUGUUGUUAAUGAAGAAGAAGAAUUUGAACUUGAGUCAAGUGACUAUUCUGAGUGGGACCUUGUGACUCAAAGCAAAGAGCAAGGUACGUGUAUUUUAUUAUGCAUCUGGAUUCCUUUCUAAUUUUAAUAUUUUAAUUACUACGAUUAUCAGUUGAGUAAG